CGUCAUCUCCAGCUGAUCGUCUCCUUCCCAUCUCCUUUGAAUCUCCCCCCUCAAAGUCCCAUCCACGUUCUUUGCGCCUCCUUUUGUUGUCCCUCUUCUAAUACCUACUUCCGACGCCGUUGAUUUCUUUUGUUUCGUCCCCACCGUCCUUUACUCCGCUCUUUCCCGGUUUCCCGCUCGCUCAGCUCGUCAUGAGCUCGCAGCGUUAUCAACGGGUCAACGCCCGUGAUGAAGACGAUGAUGAUACCCCCCAGUCACACUCUUCUAUCCCUCUCCGACCGACACCUUCCUCCCCGCCUCCCUCAUUCCACUCUCGUUCCUCCUCCCCAUCAUCCAGACGCCUCCUCCACGACGAUCCCCACAGAGACCAUGCAGACCAAACCCUGGCAGAUGCGUUCGGUGAUGGCAGCGAUUCCGAGUCCGAUGAAGAGCCCGACGAUCGUCAGCGCUUAAUGCGGGCUCAGCCGGAUUCCCGCCCGGUGGCGGACACCAGCAGCGCCGCUGCGGCUGCAUCUUCUUCUUCAAGCGGUUUAGAGCAACAGUCUGGCGAUUCGCGCAUCGGUGGAAGCCUUCCUCGACGGCAAACGAUUCUACCGUCUUUCAGUACCCCCAGUUCGGGGGCGAGUCGGGUGAUCAGUUCGUCGAACGAUGGUGUCUUUGCUAAUCUGGCGGCUAAGCCGGAGCGCGGGGAAAAGAAUGAGGAUUUGCCUCCGUCCUACGAGGAGGCCGCCGCAGAUGCUACACCGCCGUAUUGGGAGACGACAAUUCUCGCCCCAGGUAUCUCUUCGGACGAAGUGUUUGUGGAUGGAUUGCCGGUUGGAUCGAUUUUCUCGUUUGUCUGGAAUGCCAUGAUCUCCAUGUCGUUCCAGUUGGUUGGAUUCCUCUUGACCUACUUGCUUCACACAACGCACGCAGCCAAAAACGGUAGCCGGGCUGGUCUUGGCCUCACGCUGGUGCAGUAUGGUUUCUACAUGAAGGGUGGCAGUGAGUCGAAAGGAUCGGAUGAAGGAGGCGCCGAUUACGUGACACCCCCGGACCCGAACAGUCAUAACUUCGAUCCGAAUAAUGUCGAUGGUGGUGCGGGUGGUGAUGGCGGAGGCGGUGCCGUGUCCUCUAUCACCACGAGCGAAUGGAUUUCAUACGUCUUGAUGAUUGUCGGGUGGUUCAUUCUGAUUCGAGCUAUCAGUGAUUUCCUGCGGGCACGCCGUCACGAGCAGCUGGUGUUACAGAGUCCUGAGCGUGGGCUUAGCGUUCCUGUCAUUGCAGAGGGCGAGCGAUCGGAGACGGUUGUUUAGGGAAUAUGGGAAUUUUGGUCUGGUCUGGGUACAGUUUCACUUGGGAGCAUUCGGAGUUCAUUUUCCUUCCUUUGCACGGUUUAGUUAUUGUUAUAAUCGGCCCUACGAUCCAGUUGUAGGAUGGAUGGGAGCCUGCAGAGCAUUGGUAGCCUAUCGUUGACCGGGUUCAUCUUUUCGUUAUUUCCUUUUCUUUUUCUUUUUCGCCUACCAUUUACACAUCAUGGUCGGUUCCAGCUAUUGCACGAGUUACCGGGCCUGUAGUCUAGAAUACCUUGUUAUCUUGUUUGCGAGAUACCUUUGGCAAGUGAAUCCAAGUGGAAACAAUUCGACUUUAA